AUGCCGGCCAUGUCCAAGAUCUCAGCUUUUGCCACCGGCGCUGCUGCGGUAACCGCAGCAACAGCCUUUGUGGGAGUGCCACAGCCAGCGAGGCAACCGACACUCCGAGGCACGCAGAGAUCCACCGGGGCCACUGCAAAUGGCACCAUGAGCUCCGCAGCAGGUUUGGGCCUGGGCCUCGGGGCCAUGGGCUUGAUUGCGUCCUUAGUGCGCCCGGCUCCGCCGGCCGUGCGCAGUGGCGUCGCGCGCUGCGCCUACGAUGCCUCUGGGGAGAUUGGUGCCUGCGACCCGCUGCUGUUCUGGGACCCCAUUGGAUACUGCCAGGACGGCUGCACGAAGGAGGACUUCGACCGCCGCCGAGCAGUGGAGCUGAAGCACGGGAGGUUGUGCAUGGUCGCCACCAUUGGCAUGGAGCCCGGCAACUUCGGGACCGGAUACUGGGGCAGGAAGAUCCAGGAUCCGGCCGAGCGUCGGCUGAAGUUGACCACAGAGCUGAACAACGGAAGGCUGGCAAUGGUCGCGAUGUCUGGCAUGCUGAUUCAGAACGGCCUCACUGGACAGUCUCCGAUCGAGCAGCUCACUGCCGGGCACAUUUCGCCCUUCAACGACGGUCAGGGCUUCUUCGCCUUUGACCCUUCGCAGGAACUUGGUGCGUGCCCUCCUCUUGGCUACUGGGACCCAUUCGGCAUGAUGGCCUUCCAGGAUGAGGAGAAAUUCCGCCGGAAUCGCGAGCUGGAGCUGAAACACGGACGGAUCUGCAUGGUUGCCACCAUCGGGAUGAUCGUGCCUGACCUCUUCGGCCGCUUCGGUGGCGACUUAUCACCCAGCAUGGGCCUGAAGUUCUCCGACAUUCCUUGCACGAUUGAGGCCAUCUACAAGGUUCCGACCUUCGGCUGGUUGCAGAUCUUUGCUCUCGCCGGAGCCAUCGAGGCCAAGAACCAGGCCUUCCCUGAGAACUAUGGCUAUCCUCCCUUCUGGGGACGGAUUAACACUCUUGAGCCAGAGGAGAAGCAGAAGAAGCUGCUUGCCGAGAUCAACAACGGCCGCCUGGCUAUGGUUGCGAUGGCUGCCAUUGUGGCACAGAAUGGUGCCACAGGCCAGUCCCUGGUCGAGCAGUUUACCACCGGAAACCUGAACCCCUUCGUGGGUGGCUAUGCUCAGCGUGAUGCUUCUGAUCGCUUGGCUCUGCGAGCUGAGUUCGGCUCCGGCGCCGGCAAGUCCACGGCUAUCCCUUGGGAUCCCAUCCCAGAGGGCCUCAGCAACGACAUCUUCAACAGCACCUACGUGGGCGAUGUGGGCUUCGACCCUGCAGGCUUUGCCAAGAACCAGCGCCUGCUGCCUUGGUACCGUGAGGCGGAGCUUGCUCACGGGCGCGUGUGCAUGCUGGCAGUGCUGGGCUACACCGUGCAGACUUCCGGUGCCAAGUUCGAGCCCUUCAUCACCCGAUACCCGACGGACUCCGCGGAUCCACUGAAGGCGGCCACGCAGGUGCCCAUCGUCGGCUGGCUUCAGAUCAUUGUCGUGAUUGCCCUGUCGGAGCUUUGGCGCUACGAGAAUGUCAUCAGCAAGUAUUCUCAGGGCGUCCAGCCUGGAGAUCUUGGCUGGAAUCCGACGGCACCGGUGAGCAGCCCACGCCCCAAGUGGUUCGGGCCCACCUUCACUGCGGCGUAUCAGCCAGAGGAGUGGAACAACAUGAAGCUCCGAGAGAUCAAGCACUGCCGUUUGGCCAUGGUGGGCUUCUUCUUCAUGGUCCUCCGAAAUGCCUCCACCGGUGAGGGCCCCUCGUGCCGUAGCAGUGCCGUAGAAAUGCCGGCCAUGUCCAAGAUCUCAGCUUUUGCCACCGGCGCUGCUGCGGUAACCGCAGCAACAGCCUUUGUGGGAGUGCCACAGCCAGCGAGGCAACCGACUCUCCGAGGCACGCAGAGAUCCACCGGGGCCACUGCAAAUGGCACCAUGAGCUCCGCAGCAGGUUUGGGCCUGGGCCUCGGGGCCAUGGGCUUGAUUGCGUCCUUAGUGCGCCCGGCUCCUGCGCCGGCCGUGCGCAGUGGCGUCGCGCGCUGCGCCUACGAUGCCUCUGGGGAGAUUGGUGCCUGCGACCCGCUGCUGUUCUGGGACCCCAUUGGAUACUGCCAGGACGGCUGCACGAAGGAGGACUUCGACCGCCGCCGAGCAGUGGAGCUGAAGCACGGGAGGUUGUGCAUGGUCGCCACCAUUGGCAUGGUUUGGCCGGACAUCUUCGGCAAGUUCGAUGGACUUAUUGAGACGCAGCUCUUCAAGGACCAGUCCUUCGGUGGCUUCGGUUUCGCCAAGUAUGGUCAGGAGCCCGGCAACUUCGGGACCGGAUACUGGGGCAGGAAGAUCCAGGAUCCGGCCGAGCGUCGGCUGAAGUUGACCACAGAGCUGAACAACGGAAGGCUGGCAAUGGUCGCGAUGUCUGGCAUGCUGAUUCAGAACGGCCUCACUGGACAGUCUCCGAUCGAGCAGCUCACUGCCGGGCACAUUUCGCCCUUCAACGACGGCCAGGGCUUCUUCGCCUUUGACCCUUCGCAGGAACUUGGUGCGUGCCCUCCUCUUGGCUAUUGGGACCCAUUCGGCAUGAUGGCCUUCCAGGAUGAGGAGAAAUUCCGCCGGAAUCGCGAGCUGGAGCUGAAACACGGACGGAUCUGCAUGGUUGCCACCAUCGGGAUGAUCGUGCCUGACCUCUUCGGCCGCUUCGGUGGCGACUUAUCACCCAGCAUGGGCCUGAAGUUCUCCGACAUUCCUUGCACGAUUGAGGCCAUCUACAAGGUUCCGACCUUCGGCUGGUUGCAGAUCUUUGCUCUCGCCGGAGCCAUCGAGGCCAAGAACCAGGCCUUCCCUGAGAACUAUGGCUAUCCUCCCUUCUGGGGACGGAUUAACACUCUUGAGCCAGAGGAGAAGCAGAAGAAGCUGCUUGCCGAGAUCAACAACGGCCGCCUGGCUAUGGUUGCGAUGGCUGCCAUUGUGGCACAGAAUGGUGCCACAGGCCAGUCCCUGGUCGAGCAGUUUACCACCGGAAACCUGAACCCCUUCGUGGGUGGCUAUGCUCAGCGUGAUGCUUCUGAUCGCUUGGCUCUGCGAGCUGAGUUCGGCUCCGGCGCCGGCAAGUCCACGGCUAUCCCUUGGGAUCCCAUCCCAGAGGGCCUCAGCAACGACAUCUUCAACAGCACCUACGUGGGCGAUGUGGGCUUCGACCCUGCAGGCUUUGCCAAGAACCAGCGCCUGCUGCCUUGGUACCGUGAGGCGGAGCUUGCUCACGGGCGCGUGUGCAUGCUGGCAGUGCUGGGCUACACCGUGCAGACUUCCGGUGCCAAGUUCGAGCCCUUCAUCACCCGAUACCCGACGGACUCCGCGGACCCACUGAAGGCGGCCACGCAGGUGCCCAUCGUCGGCUGGCUUCAGAUCAUUGUCGUGAUUGCCCUGUCGGAGCUUUGGCGCUACGAGAAUGUCAUCAGCAAGUAUUCUCAGGGCGUCCAGCCUGGAGAUCUUGGCUGGAAUCCGACGGCACCGGUGAGCAGCCCACGCCCCAAGUGGUUCGGGCCCACCUUCACUGCGGCGUAUCAGCCAGAGGAGUGGAACAACAUGAAGCUCCGAGAGAUCAAGCACUGCCGUUUGGCCAUGGUGGGCUUCUUCUUCAUGGUCCUCCGAAAUGCCUCCACCGGUGAGGGCCCCUCGCUGCUCCCCAACUUGACGACAGCCGAGUUCCAGUCUUCCGUCGGUGACUUCAUCCCCAGGGACAUCUGA